AUGAUGACCGUACGCGGGAUUUGGUCAGCACCUCAGUUUAAAAUGUUAAUGCUGCUGACCGUGACGGUAGUGUUGGCGUUGGUUGUGCCAUCCAACGAGGAACCGUACGGUGGCGGUGGUGGAUAUUUCGGAGCAGAAACACGAUGUCCGCGGCUAUGCGCGUGUACUGGCACGACAGUAGACUGUUCGCAUCGAGGAUUGACCCAGGUGCCCCGGAAGAUCCCAUCGGAGACCGAUAGACUGGAUCUGCAAGGCAAUAACAUCAGUGUCGUCUACGAGUCCGACUUGCAAGGAUUGGCGAAGCUGCGAAUACUGCAACUGACGGACAACCAUAUCUACACCAUUGAGAAGGAUGCUUUGCACGAUCUGAUAUCGCUGGAAAGAUUACGGCUUAAUAGCAAUCGCUUAAAAUCUAUACCAGAUAAUUUUUUAUCCAGUGCCGCUAAUUUAUUACGAUUGGAUCUCUCACACAAUGCACUUACCGCCGUACCGAAGCGUGCGUUCAAGGGAGCACCGGCGCUGCGUAGUCUUCAGUUGGACAACAAUCAAAUCACCUGCCUGGAUGAAGGUGCCGUGAAAGGGUUGACGGAGUUGGAAAUACUAACCCUCAAUAACAAUAACAUCACCACGCUACCGCGCGACAUGUUUGCCGGCAUGCCACGCCUGCGAGCGCUGCGCCUUUCGGAAAACCCAUUUGCGUGCGAUUGUCAUCUUUCGUGGUUGGCCCGGUAUCUGAAGAAUGCAUCACGUCUGGCACCGUACACACGGUGUCAUUCGCCCGGCCAGCUUAAGGGACAGAAUGUGGCGGAUCUGCACGAGCAGGAUUUCAAAUGUUCCGGUUUAACGGAGAACGCCCCGAUGGAGUGCGGCGGCCGUAGUCUCUGCCCACAUCCUUGCCGCUGCGCCGACGGAAUAGUGGACUGUCGGGAGAAAAGUCUCACCACCGUCCCGACCACAUUGCCGGACGACACAACCGAGCUCCGGCUCGAGCAGAACUACAUCACCGAAAUUCCACCGAAAGCGUUCGCUAACCACCGGCGCCUUAAGCGGAUAGACUUGUCAAAUAACAAUAUUUCGCGAGUCGCCUACGAUGCCUUCAGUGGACUAAAGUCCUUAACGUCGCUGUAA